AUGCACAGAUCAGUGAAAGUCUCUCGAAACUUUAAAUUCUCGAACAUAUCCCCCGAGCCGGAUACUCGGCGCGAGGGGGAGCAGCUGGAGAAAACCACGCCGAAAUCCUCGACUCGCGACUUGAGUUCAAACCCAGCACCUUCCAAAAACGGAACUACGAAGUCAAAGACCUAG